GACUUCGGCGUGGUCCAUAGCAGUCCGGUGUGAUCCGGUAAAAAUAUUUUAAUAUUAUGAGACUGGUGCAUCGUUACAUGGUGUUAUUUAUUUUGUUAUUUAUUUUAAUAUCCAUAAUUUUAUUUGACUAUCUGAGAUUUUUGAAAAAAUCUAAAGAUUCAUUUACUGCAUUAAAUUUGUCUAAUGGAUAUCGAAGCCAUGUCGUUACCCUAACAGAUACAUCUCCUACUAAUAAAAAAUGUCGCUUUCAUUCUUGUUUUAAUCAUUUUAUGUGCAAGCUGAAUAGUAUGCAUCAAAUUAAAGUAUAUAUAUAUCCCAAUAAUGAAUAUCGAACAUCAAACAAUGAAAAAAUAUUCAUGGAGGAAAGUUUUGAAUUUAACCUGAUAAAAGAAGCAAUUGAAAAAAGCAAAUAUUUUACUGAAAACAUAACUGAGGCUUGUUUAUUUAUUCCACCACUGGAUUUGCUAACUGAGGAAGGAAUUGAUUUAAAAUUAGCUUCAGCUGUUUUAAAGUUUCUGUCAAGAUGGGAGAGUGGCAAUAAUCAUGUUAUUUUUAACCUGUUUCCGUUGCAUCCAACAUCAAUUAACACAGCCAUGUCUUUAGCAUAUGGUAAUGCAAUAGUUGCUGGAGCAAAUUUUAUAUCUUCUAAUUAUCGUCAAGGAUUUGAUAUUAGUAUACCUCUUUUCACUAAAGCCAUGACUUCUACUCAAAAGUUUUCAACAUUUAGUGGAACUCGAAAAUGGAAGCUUAUAGUUAGUCAAGUGAGCAUGGAUAUUGAAAAGAGAAAUGUAUUAAACAAACUUAAAGAUUUGCACCCAGAUCUCUUAAUGAUACAGGCUUGUCCUGGAACUUUUGACAUGAUGUAUCCUGAAGUGCUGUGUAAAGAUAGUAAACCUUUUUAUUACCCUGCUGUGCUACAGGAAGGUACAUUUUGUUUGCUCUUACCAGGGUAUUACUAUGGUUCAUCAUUGUUGUUAAAUGCCAUGAUGAUGGGUUGCAUUCCAGUUAUUAUGAUGAAUGACUAUGUUCUUCCAUUUAAUGAAGUGAUAGAUUGGAGCAGGGCUGCUAUUAUAGUUAGAGAGCAACAAAUUGGUGAUGUUAUGAGUAUCUUGAAUAAUAUUAAAGAAAAUCUAAUCAUUUUGAAAAGAUAUCAGCUGCGAUAUUUAUGGGAAAAAUAUUUCAAUUCAAUUUCAUCCGUAGUGAGCACCACUCUUGAUAUUAUCAACGAAAGAAUUUUUAUUCAUCAAAAAAAAUCAUAUGAGGACUGGAAUGGCAUAUACAGCAGCUUUAAAGAUGAAAACUUAAAUGUAGGCAUUUCACCUCCCUUGUUUUAUCCUUUGACAUGUAGUCUUAAAGUUGGUUUUACUGCUGUUAUAUUGACAUACAAUCGCAUUGAGACAUUGUUUCUACUUAUGCAACAGCUUGAUAAUGUUCCUAGUUUAGUUAAGCUACUUAUUAUCUGGAACAAUCCAUUUUUGAAUCCUACUGGUAACUGGCCAAAUAUGUUAAAACCAUGGAAAUUAAUCAGAAGUGAAACAAAUAGGCUUACAAAUAGAUUCUAUCCAUUUCCUGAUAUUGAAACAGAAGCAGUGAUGGCAAUUGACGAUGAUAUACUUAUGCUUACAACAGACGAAAUAGAGUUUGCUUAUCAGACAUGGUGUGAAUUUCCUGAUCGUUUAGUUGGUUUCCCUCCACGCUCUUCUCAAGAACUGAUAAAUGGAAAUGAAAUGAAGUACAAGUAUGAAUCAGAAUGGCAAAACGAACUUUCGAUGGUACUUACAGGAGCUGCAUUUUAUCAUAAGAUAUACAAUUAUAAGUUUACUUAUGAACUUCCAUUAAAAGCAAAAGAAUAUAUUGAUCAAAAUAUGAACUGUGAAGAUAUUGCCAUGAACUUUCUAAUAGCAAGUUUGACUGGGAAGCCUCCUAUUAAAGUUACCCCUCGUAAACGCUUCAAAUGCACAAGAUGCUCUGCAAACGAUUCUCUUUGGUCUGAAACCACUCACUUUGUUAAACGGUCUGAGUGCUUAAAAAUCUUCACUCAACAUUUUAAAAGAAUGCCAUUACAAUCCGUAGAGUUUCGCGUUGAUCCAGUUUUAUUUCAAGAGAAUGUUUCUCUAAGCGAUAAAGAUUUUCCGGACAUUGGAACUGUCUAAAACAAAAAUUUUUUUAAAUCAAAACAAUUUUUUACUUAUUUAAAAAGUUUCAAGCAAUUUAAA